AUGAGAAUGGCAGGUCCCGUCUCACGGACGACAAGCUACAAUGGCGACGUCGAGUCUCGGCCACCGGUUGAGCUGGGCUCCCCGGAGCCGACGCCCCCGCGAUAUCGCAGCUACAGCCACCCUUUCGCUGGCCGACUUGGAGCAAAUCAGGCAUUUACAGUCGAUCGAAGGACCUCGGCGGACGAGAAGUUGUUGGAAAAGGAGCCAGACGCGACACCGCACAUGUCAUUUCGAGAGCUGUUGGAUUGCCGACCAAUUUUCAGCCGAUAUUUGUGGAAAGCUGCUCUCAUCGAGGGAAUUGGCACACUGAUGCAGGCGUACAUCACUAUCUGGAUCGGCAUCUCACCACCAGUGCUUCCCACGCGGCCAACAGCUCAGCUGGGCAACUUUGACAAUGCCGCAUUCAUAGGCCCCCUGGUAGGCGGAAUCACCAACAUCAUUUUUGUUUCUUUAUUCAUUUCAUCUUUCGGGCCCGUUUCGGGAGCUCACUUCAACCCGCUCAUCACCUUUGCGACAUUCUGUGCCCGCCUAUGCUCCCUUCCUCGCUUGAUCCUAUACAUUGGCGCUCAAAUUAGCGGAGGCGUAUUGGCUGGGCUAUUAGUUAGGGCAAGUUAUGGCACCAGAGAGUUUAAAGUCGGUGGAUGCUGGCUUGACCCUGAUAUCGUCCCCGUCAGAGAAAUCUUUGUCGUCGAACUUGUGUCGGCUACCAUUCUCCUAUUCCUUGCCUUCGGCGUUGGUCUUGACCCACGGCAGGCUCAAAUCGUCGGGCCGGCCCUAGCUCCAUUCCUCGUUGGACUCGCUUCUGGAACUUUGGCUUUUUCUACAGCGUUUACGCGGUACGGAUAUGGCGGUGCUGGUUUGAACCCAGCUCGAUGCAUGGGGGCCUUUGUAGGGACGAGAUUUCCGACUUGGCAUUGGAUACACUGGGUGGGAGACGGUAUUGCGUGCAUCAUCCAUGGCCUGGUCUACUACUUUGUUCCGCCCUGGACCAAGGAGACCUAA